AUGUGGGACGAGAUCCCCGAGGACGAAGGGAUAAAGCGCGAGGGACAGCUCGUCAAUGAGGUCUGGAAAGACAUGAUUAAUCGAGGUGCCCGUACCCACCGCUUCCACAAUACCUACGCGUCUGCCCAGGAGAUUCUUACUCACCAAUUACAACCACAAGUACAGCCUAACCGUCCGUUACUCUUGGUGCGCGAGCUUGUAGACCAAGGCUUGCGCCUGCGGAAGACCUCUGCUGCCAGGAUCAUUCUGGUCCUCGGAAAUAAUCCCAAGGCCAAGAAUGGCAAGAGUUUUCGACUGAAGGUCAACCAAGCUGACAUCGAAUAUAUCUUACGGAAGAUCAAGGUCAUUUUCUUGGUCUUCAACUCCGGACGGGAUGACGGCCCGGGAUCGACCUCUCCCGUCUUCCCGACGAGAGACCUGACACCUAUAAAUCUCACCUUUUCCGAUCUCCCGCCUCCUAUUCGCCCUCGGUCUUCUAUCGAGCAUCGUACUCAACACGAACCACGAGUAAUGGAAGAAAAUAGACUCCGACAAGUUCCGAACGCCUCAACUACACCGUACCAUUAUCGCAUCAUCGUCGUAUAUGCAACUGAUGGGUUUGACCGACGAGUUGACCUGCAGACGCAAAAUUCCAACGACGCAGACACUUUAAACCUCAUCCAAAGCGUUGUGUCCCAUCUGGCCAGCCUUGGGGGUCUUUCCAUCAGUUUAGACCAACUCCGCGAACAUAUUCUUUCCUUGCACGGGACGUACUCAAAUCUCGAUUGGCGUGUCACCACCCUAGAGGAAAACGCCAGCACUGUCCCUGAGCAGCCUUCUGAAUCAGGUACCGUUGCGCCUUCUCGAACAUUAUGUGCUUCGAUACUCAAUGAGAGAUGCCAAGACGCCGAUGGUGAAUCCGACCAGCCCAUUGCCCUCUCUCGGGAAAGUUCUCUCAGAUCCCUUGAAACCGAGGGGUCUUCUAGCUCGAACAAUAGUAGCACGAGUAGCAUUUUAAUCGAGCUUAUGCCAGUCGAGCCUGAAACCUCUGCGUCCCUCGGCCCACUUGUAUCUUCGGAUGGCAUUCCGACUCACGACGACCUUGAACUUGCCUCGAUCACAAACUGGCAGAACAGAAUUAGCGACGAGCUGCUGGCGAUGAGGCGAACACAAGAAACCCUGCGAGCUGAGUCUCUUGUCAGGGCUGGCAGAGACGAACACUUACGAUGGAAGGUGGAUGUGUUGGCUACAGCUGUUGCAGAACACCACACAAUUAUCCAUAGGCCUGUUCAAGAAUCAAUGGUAUUCCACGUUCAUGGGGGAAACUUCAAUCAAGUCCUCAGCCAACAAGCCACCAUUCAGAAUACGCAUAUUGACGACAUCCGAUAUUUCACCCCCACUUUCAUGGACAUCUCUGCCUCCGAUAUUGUGAUCAUGGUAAUGGGCCCGAGCGGGACAGGGAAAACAAAUUUCCUUAGCAAGGCGGCCGAUAUCAAUCUGCGGCGCGGAGACAGGCUGCAUUCCGACAGUCAUUCAUUUCAGCUGGUUGAUUUCCAUGUCGACGAGCUUAAUCGUCGUGUCAUCCUCGUCGACACCCCAAGCUUAGACUCGUCUUACGGAGCACUGAAAGCCAUCGCUGACUGGCUAGACAACGUGUACGGGAAUGAUGCCAAGUUGGUUGGGAUACUCUAUCUUCAGAGUAUCGCUGCUGUUCGCAUGGAAGGGGGUCUUUCCGUGAUGCUCAAGACCUCAUUUCGAGAUAUCUGCGGGUCGGACUCCCUCGAGAACGUCGGCCUCGUAACGACCAUGUGGGAUCAAACCCCGGACCACGAAGCAAAUAAGCGCCAGGAGGAGUUACGGCUGUUCUGGUCACAGUCAAUCCACGAGUCCUCUCUCGUUUAUCGUUUCAACAAUACGAAUGAAUCCGCGUGGAAAAUCAUCUCCCAACAGUUGCGCAGCAUUGUCGCCAGGCAGAAGGUGUCUCCAACUCCAUCUAUUUCAGCCAGCCAACCAUUUCUCCGACGCCUGGCAUCUCCCUUCAAGAGGAAGAAGGAAAUAGGUGGACGACUUUUGGGAACGGCGGAACUGCCUGCUGACUUCCGGGCACGAGCUGACCUUUUCCGUCGAAGAUCUGGCUAUUCUACGGUCUCGAUCCUGCUUCAACCCCGCAGUUUGUGCGACCAAUCCUGCGACGAUUCCAGCAUUUCUAUUCAGAUAAAGAGCACCUUCGACGAUGGUCAGACAUUCGAUGAAACCCAGACCUCAAUGACCUCGCUUAGGGAAAGCCUUCCGUUCCCUGAUUCACCACAAACGGGAUCAGCGAAGAAAACUGCCGAGGCACGACGUAGCCGGUUCUACUCGCACGCCCCCCGCAAUAUCACUGAACUUUCCUUGGGUGGAAGGGACGAUGGCUCAUAUUUCCCUUCUGAACGCCGGUCUGCAGAAGCAGCCGAGCCCAAGUACGUUCGCAUCGCCGGCAAUGUCAUCAACAUAUACGUCUCUCCUGGAUCCCUUGAGGGGGAUGCCCGUACGUCGUCUUCUCUUAGCUCUAGUCCAGGGUCCUGA